AUGAUUGACAAUAUGAUUUAUGAGUGUGACCAAUGUCAACGUGAGGGAAAGUCUCUGGGUUCAGUUGCACCACUCCAAACAAUAAAAGUGUCUGCUGUUUGGGAGCUGUUGGGGCCCUUCCCCAAAACUACUGAUGGCUAUCAGUACAUAUUUACAGCCACGGAUUAUUUUUCAAACUCAAUCAGAAGCCGCCUGCAGUUGAGCGUGUGUCCAGCAGAGGGCUUACCUGUGACAGUCCCAGCUCAGGGCUCUGACGGCUCUGAGUCACGUGGCCUGUGGCGCCCGUCCAUCACCAUGGCGCUCUCACGGCGGCGCUCUCGCUUCCUGAGCGCUGAGGUGUUUCCUGUUUGA